GGUAUAACAAGAUAGAGCGCUAUUUCUUAACCUUGAUUCACUAAUGGCGGGGGCCCGUUGCUCCCUCGCCUUUUUGGCGUUUCUGGGCGUGAUCUGUCGGGUCUCGGGUACGGAAGUGAAGUGCAAUCAGCCUCCAUCUUCUUCCGAAUCCGUGUACAGUUUCACGGCUCCGGACAUUUACCAGACGAAGAACGUUUCCCUUUCCGAAUACCGGGGCAAGGUGUUGGUCAUCACCAACUUGGCCUCCUUCUGAGGUCUAACCCCCAUGCACUACUUCGGAUACAAUGCACUGAAACAGAAGUUUGCAGGGAAACAGUUCGAGGUCUUGGGAUUUCCUUGCAAUCAGUUCAACUUGCAAGAACCAGGCGAUACAGCGACAGAAAUCUUGAAUACCAUCAAGUAUGUGCGCCCUGGAAAUGGCUACGUGCCGAAUUUUCCGAUGUUUGCCAAAGUUGGUGUCAAUGGAGAAGAUGAACACCCUCUUUUUACUUAUUUGAAGAAAUAUUGUGGCCCAACAGCGGAUGAGUUCCAGGACGAUCUACAUUACAAACCCCUCCGCGUGAGUGACGUCAGAUGGAACUUUGAGCAAUUUGUCAUCAACCAGCAGGGUAAACCGGUCGUUCGUUUCUCACCGGAUGUUAAUCCACUCAAUCUCACAAUGGUGAUUUCUUCAUUAUUGCCUCACUCUGCCGUGGAUAACAUGAGUAACGAAAUACCAAUGGUAUAGACUACAAAGAACUCGGUUAACCGUAAAAUCUAUCGCAUUAUACCGAUGAAGAUCAUGGUUGACUUAUCAUUUUUGUACUAUUUGACUACUAUAACAUCAGAUGAAAAAUCUUUGAUAAAUGACUUGAUGUAAUUUCGGGAAAUUGUUCAUAGAAAUCGUUACUUGAUGAUUUCACCUCCGGAAACAGUGAAAUCUGUUGGAAGUGAAUAAUGGUUAAGUGACGUAUAUCACUUUGUGCAUUGUGUGAAAUACGUUCACUUAUACGUGACGAUUUCUAGAAAUUAACUCGAUAAUUUAUGUGUCAAAUAAAAGAUUUUUAAUCCAUUCAA